CCAGCUCUCACACUUGUGCUGUUCUUUCACUCUCAUCAGACAUCCAGAGUCUCACCAUCACUCACCAGUGUUUCACUUUAACACAGCUCCAUCACAUCUUCAUAUGAGUGCGUCAUUACUACAACCCUUUAUAUUUUCUGGUGCUUAUUUUGUUCUGGGGGAACUUUCUCAAACAAACUUUUUUGGAGGCUCUUGGGACCAGACUACAGCUGCAUGCUGGGGCCAGCAGCUGAGGAGCGAUGUCAUCUCUACUUUCUCACCAAAAGGAUCAGACACGCAUCAGAAAGUCAGUCUCUGACUCCUCUCCAACUUCAUCUGCUGCCACCACCAAGAGCCUGAGGCAUGAGAGGCUGUCUAGAUUGAACUCGUCAGGAACCUCUGACAGCUCCAACAACACAUCCACAAACCACGCCGAGUCGUACUUCAAACGCAGAGAGAACAGACUGUCUGCGAGGAAAAAAGCAGAAGAGGAGACUGCAAACAACGACUACAAAAAGAUGUAUGAAAAGGCUUUGGCCACCAAUCAGAGGUUGAAGUCCAGACUUGAGACAAGCAAACAGGAACUCACCGUGAUCCAGGACCAGCUGGAGAGAGCACAGAAGGAAAGACCAGGAGACAGCAGCUCCAACAUGCUUGAAGCAGAAAAGAAGGAAAGUUGGAGUUUAAAAAAGAAGAUUUCAGAUAUGGAGGAGCAGUUAAAGGUCAAAGCCGAGCUCAAGAUGGAGAACCAGAGACUGAAGGACGAGAAUGGCGCUUUAAUCCGGGUCAUCACUAAACUGUCAAAGUGAGACAGAAAGCAGGAAAGAUAAGACGAAGUGUGAUGGAUACCAGGAGCCAUAUUUUUGCCCUUUGGUAGAAUGUAUGUACAUAGUUUUACAGUAAUUUUGUUUUUCCAUAGUCUGUUGUAACACUUGGGAGAAUGAUUACACUUCACAUCAGCUAUAAAUGUGAAUUAUUGUACUGGAUCAACCUGAGUGACACAUUCCUGGACAGAUAAUGCAUUAAAUUAAACUUCAUUUUGUAUAUUCAGAAGACAUUCCUACAUAAAGGUGCCAAAACCA